GCCGCCCACGACACUCGCUACAUCCACCCUCAUACACACGACUACUGUGGUGCGCAGAACAUGUGGACCCUGAGUAAGGCGCUAUGGCUGGUGCUGGUGUGUGCGCAGGCGCCGGUGUGGGCGGACCUGCUGCCGCUGGUGGGGGACGCGCUCGACCAGCUGGCGCGCGUCGUGUCCGACACGCUCGACCUGCCGCUGCAGUACAAUCUGGAAGACGAUGAAGAGUUUGACUAUGUGGUUGUGGGCGCGGGCGCUGCGGGAUGCGCAGUAGCAACUCGGCUGGUGGAGGCGGGAGCGAGUGUGCUGCUGCUGGAGGCAGGCGGGGUGCCGACGCUGCUCUCACGGGUGCCAGGGGGAGCGAUGGUGCUGCUCGGGUCGCCGGUGGACUGGCAGUACCGCACGCGGCCUAACAACAAGUCCUGCCUCGGCUCCGAGGGCGAGCAGUGCCGCUUCAGCCGCGGCAAACUGCUCGGCGGCUCCACCUCCAUCAACUACAUGAUGUACGUACGUGGCAACCGCGCUGACUACGACCUUGGCCUGCCCGGCUGGACCUGGGAGGAAUUCGAACCGUUCUUCCUCCGCUACGAGGGCCUUCGCGACCUCGACAAACUCCCAAGCUCCUCUGUCCCAUACCACAACACCACCGGGACUAUGGAUAUCGGCUUCUGCGCGGACCCCGAAAACGAAUGGCACAAUAGAAUCGUCAAGGGCUUCGAGUCUCUGGGGUUCCCAUAUAACGAUGAUGUGAACGCGGAAUCUCAGAUCGGAGUGUCGCGCGUGAUCACGUACACGUCAUCCGAAGGCACGCGCGAGAGUACGGCGCGUGGCUACCUGACGCGGCCCGUCGUGCGCCGCACGCUGAGGCUCGCCACCGGCAUGCGCUGCACCGGGGUGCUCAUCGACGACGACAAUGUCGCGCGGGGCGUCACCGCCGUGCGGGAGUCGUCCGGGCGCCGCGUCACGGUCCGCGCGCGCCGCGGCGUCGUGCUGAGCGCCGGCGCCAUCGGCACGCCGCAGCUGCUGCAGCUGUCCGGCGUGGGCCCGGCUGAGCGCUUGCGCUCGCUCGGCAUCCCGGUACGCGCCGACUUGCCCGUCGGCGAGAACAUGAGUGACCACGUGUUGCCGCUCGUGUUCAUCCGCGUGGACAGAGACGCGCUCGAAACCGUCGGCGCCGCCGCCUCCCUCGCCGGGGAUAUACUCACAUACGGCGCGACGCGCAAGGGCCCGCUCGCCUCCAUCGGGCUCACCGACAUUACCGCAUUCGCGAACACGCUCUGCUACGACAACGACACGCGGCAGCUGCGUCACCUCGGGCCCGAGUGCGAGCUGCCGACGCUGCAGUUGAUCAACGCGUUUAUCGACCGCGGGGUCAUCGACGUCGCGCCGCUCAUCAUGAAGCAAUCGACGAUGCUCAACGACGCCAUCCUCGCGCAGCUGGCCAAAGAAAACACGAAGAGCGCUCUGAUUGUGGCAUCGCCGGUGGUGCUGGCGCCACAAUCGCGCGGCUGGGUGCGAUUGGCGAGUGCUGACCCUCUCGCGGCGCCCGACGUCUACCCCAACUACCUAGAUGACGAGCGCGACGUGGACGAGAUGAUGCGCGCGAUCAAGAUCCUCGAGGACGUGGUGGAGACGGCGCCGAUACUGUUCGAGCUGGCGCGCACGCGGCGCAGCAAGGAGGCGCAACGUUUCCUCAUGAUGACGUCGCAGCGCACCAAUCGAUGGGCUCAACAGCACCAUAUCGUCAGCGUAACUGAUAUUGUUGACACAGACACCAUCGACAUGGCAUCCAAUACCAGUGCCGCUCAGCUCACCGAUCAGACGGUUCAUAUACAGAUUGAAAAGCCGAGCUUACUACCGUACACCGCGACGCACGGAGCAUCGCGCGAGUAUCGCGCGCGCAAUGCCGCCAUCGUGCGGUUGUCCCUGCCGGGCUGCCCGGCGUUCGCGGCGGACCGCGAGGGCUACUUGCGCUGCUACGUGCGCCACCUGACAUUCUCGGUGUACCACGCGGCGGGCACGGCCAAGCUGGGCAGCGCCGGCGCCGGCGUCCUGGACGAGCGGCUGGGUGUCCGCGGGGUGGGCGCGCUGCACGUGGCCGACCUGUCGGCGCUGCCCGUCGUGCCGCACGGGAACACGGCUGCCGCCAGCAUCGCGCUCGGCGAGCGGCUCGCGCAUUUCCUGCUGCAGGACUACGAUAAUAGCUUCAACUCUACCAUAGAAUAA